CUUCCUAACACCACUCAUUGCUUGCAUCUGGUCAAGCUGGGUGCUUUGAGAUCCAGAACCGAGCGCAGCCCAUCUGGCGGUUCUAAUGGCCGAAGUGGGAGAGAAGAGACCUCUGGAUCCAGAUGAUGAUGACGACGACGACGACGAUGGAUUUGGACCGAUGCCUGUUCCGGCGCCGGCGCAGACCAAGCCCAAGCGGAAAAAGGUUCUGAAGAACGCUCAUGUUUAUCUUGAGAACCUGCCCAAGGGCGAGAUGUAUGAAAAGAGCUUCAUGCACCGUGACGUGGUCCACUUGGCGGUUUGCAGCUUCGCCACGGGUUUCCUCGUGACCGGCAGCGAAGACGGACACGUGAAGUUCUGGAAGAAGCAGUACGAAGGAAUUGAGUUUGUGAAGCACUACCGUGCCCAUCUAAGCAAGCUGCUGGCGAUGGUGAUGUCCCAGGACGGGCGUCUGCUGGCCACGAUCGGCGAGGAUUGCGCCUUGAAGCUCUUUGAGGUGACCUCCUUUGACAUGACCUGCAUGAUCAAGCUGAAGUUCAAGCCGCUUCAGGUGGAGUUCGUCCAUAAGAAGAACUCCCCGACCUCGCUGGUGGCCGUGUCCGAAGCGGAGUGUGGGAAGGUUCACAUCCUACAGCCCGAGAGCGGCAAGGCAGAGCCUUUGCGAACUCUGGAGGUGCACACCGAGGCCUGCCAUGCGAUGAGGUACAAUCCUUUGAUCCAUGCUUGCAUCAGCGCGGACAAGACUGGUGCCUUAGAGCUCUGGGAUCCUGACACCUUAGAGAUGCCCAGCAAGCAGACGCGCCCCGGAAGGCUGCGCUUUGAGAUCAAGAGCGAGACGCACAUGUACGAGCUCCGCAAGAAUCAAACUUCCGCCAUCUCUUUCUCCAACAGUGCGGAUAGCAGCAUGUUUGUGAUGGUUUGCGAGGAUGGUCGUCUGAGAGUCUUUCGCUACGCCACCAUGAAGAUGGUUCGUGCCUACGAUGAAUCCAUGGAAAUGUUUACAGCAGCUCAGAGCGAUCCCAAUAUGGGGGAGCUGCAUUUGGACAGGUUCGACUUCGGUCGGCGCAUUGCGGUGGAAAAAGAGAUGCGGAAGUCGCCGGCCGUGAUGUACCAGCAGGCGGUCUUCGACGAGUCAGGGAACUUCUUGAUCUUUACUUCGUUGAUUGGUGUGAAGAUUGUGAACUUGCAUACCAACAAGUUAGUGAAGAUCCUUGGCAAAGUGGAGCAGACCGAACGCUUCUUGGGGAUCGCCUUAUAUCAGGGGAAGGCGGUGAGGAAGAAGGCCGGGUUGGGCGAGUCCGUCAUUGAAGGUGAGAAUGACCAGAAGGAGUCUGCGGAUCCCAUUGCGAUCGUGACCGCGUACAAAAAGAACAGGUUCUACCUGUUCAGUACUCGAGAGCCACCAGAAACGACGGCAGAUUUGGGCCGAGACAUCUUCAAUGAGAAGCCAAGCAAGGAAGAUGCAGCUGUUGCCGCCUCUAUCAGGACAGAGAAUCCUUUGGGGAAGCAGGCCACGAUUCAUACCACCAUGGGGGACAUCGUCGUGAAGCUCUUCCACCAGGAGUGUCCGAAGUCGGUGGAGAAUUUCACGGUGCAUUCCAAGAAUGGCUAUUACGACAAUAUCAUCUUCCACCGAGUCAUUCAGGGCUUCAUGAUCCAGACGGGUGACCCCCAGGGCGAUGGCACCGGCGGAGAGAGCAUUUGGGGCGGCGAGUUCGAGGAUGAGUUCCACCGGAACUUGAAGCACGACCGGCCCUUUACCCUCUCCAUGGCCAAUGCAGGGCCCAACACCAAUGGCUCCCAGUUCUUUGUGACCACUGUGCCAUGCCCAUGGCUCGAUGGCAAGCACACGGUCUUCGGCCGCGUUCUACAGGGCAUGGACGUGGUUCAAAACAUUGAGAAGACCCAGACCAACUGCGAUGACAGGCCUUUGGUCGACAUCAAAAUCAUGACCAUCAAGAUCAUCACCUAAAUAAA